CCGCGGCGAUGCGGAGCAGCAGCCAUGGAGGUGCUCAGCUCCAGCCGCUUCUCCUCUAGGGUUUUCCCCAGCCUCCUCAGUCCCGUGUCCAGGCCGCUCAAGCCCCACGGCCGCCGCCGCCGCCGCCUCCUCCUCCUCCAGACGCUGUCGUCCUCCCCCGCCUCCGCCGCGGCGGCGUCGGCGGCGCCUCCGCCGCCGCCGGUCUGGCCGCCCACGUCGCUCUCCAGGCUCCUCGCCGCCGCGCUGCGGGGAGGGCGUGCGGUAGGGGAGCUCCCCGACCUGGCGGCGGCGGCGGUCGGGGCGGGGGGCGGGGCGGGGAUAGGGACGCUGCUGAUGAGCACGACGGCGGCGGCGGUGACCAAGGCGCGGGAGAACCCGUACAUCCUGGCGCUCGCGGCGAACCCGACGUUCGUGUCGGGCCUCGUGGCGUGGGCGGUGGCGCAGGCCGCCAAGGUCGUGCUGACCUCCUUCGUGGAGCGGCGGUGGGACCUGCGGAUGCUGUUCAGCUCCGGCGGGAUGCCGUCGUCGCACACCGCGCUCUGCACCGCGCUCACCGCCUCCGUCGCGCUCUGCCACGGCGUCAGUGACUCGCUCUUCCCUGUCUGCCUGGGGUUCACCCUGAUUGUUAUGUAUGACGCCACGGGCGUCAGGCGCCACGCGGGGAUGCAGGCCGAGGUACUCAAUAAGAUCGUUGAGGACCUGUUUCAGGGCCAUCCAAUUAGCGAAAGAAAAUUGAAGGAAUUGUUAGGACAUACUCCGUCACAGGUUUUUGCCGGCGCUUUGCUAGGCAUCAUGGUGGCCUGGUUCUGUUGUCAGGGUUGUAUUGUUCCCAUUUGACUGCUGUUGUACGAGUGCUUCAGAAAUGGAAAAUCAGUUUGACACGAAAAUUUUUGGUGCAGCUGGUGUAACCAUUGUUCCAGGAAACAGCUAAUUCAUUUUCUGGCCUGUUUGCCUGUACAUAUAUGUAACUCAAUAGCAGUUUGAUAAUCUCAAUUCGUAGUUGAGAUUCAAGUCCUCUUGUGAUCUGAUUAAACUGGGAGUAUUUUGCUCUCAGUUCUGAAAAAUUCUGAAGUUACCCUGUACAACCCACUGUGUGAUCAAGAAACCAUAAUUUGGCCAUGUCAUCCCUGCAUCA